CUUUGAUUCAGUUUUCAAUCGCGAUAUUGAGUGCGUUUCAAUCUGGUAGUUGUGUUUUAUAACUCCUUGUUUCUGAACGCAGACCUCUAGAACCAGGAGACAGAGUGCUAUACUGUCGGUUCAAGGUGAAAGAAGAAUUUUGCUUUCUGGAUUCUCGCCUCCAGUUCUGGUGGAUUGUGGUGCUUUCCAGGCAAUCUGCAUUUAUUGACAUUGUUGAAAAUGCCUCAACACAGUCGUCGAAAACCGUUCAGUGGCAAGCAGAAGAGAGCCCAGCUCCAGCGAAAACGAGAUGUGCAGCGAUUCCGGGAGGACGACGAGGAGCCUGCCAAAGAGAAGCUGGAGAUACGCUUAGACUCGCUAUCUGACUCAGAUAAAGAUGAAGAAACACUGGUCACGUCUGAAAGUGCAAAGAUCGUAGAUAAAUUUGAGCCCAAGUUCGAAGUAGGCGAUGCCGUGGCUGAGACAAGGCGUCAAGACAGAUACAAACUGAUGUUUGGCCAAGAAAGUGCCAGCGAAAUUGAGGAGCGCAAGCGGGAGUCGCGUCGGCCAUUGCAAACCCUGGCAGAAAAAGACUUGGAAGUGUCCUAUGAAGAUAUCUAUGGAAGUAUGGAGCACAUCGACAUGCCUGUUCGUCCCACCUGGCAAUACAGCCUGAGCAAGCAGCAGCUGGAAGCUAAGGAGCAGCGCUACUUCAAUGAGUACAUUGACCGGCUCAUGGCUGAUACACACGGCCAUCCGCUAAGCUACUUUGAGCGGAACCUGGAGACUUGGCGGCAGCUGUGGCGUGUGCUGGAGAUGUCGAAUGUAAUAGUGGUUAUCGCCGAUGCACGCCAUCCCAUCCUGCACUUCCCACCGUCCCUGUACCGCCACGUCGUACAUGAACUGAACAAAACGCUCGUGCUAGUGCUGAACAAGAUAGACUUGGUGCCGGCGAGUGUGGUACUGGCGUGGCGCGAGUACUUCUAUGGACUGUUCCCGCAACUUCACGUCGUCCUCUACACGGCACGCCCGGGGAACCAGAGCAGCAGCCAGCGCUCCGACGCCAAGGGUCUGAUGUCGCACGCCCGGUGCGGCGCUAAGCGGCGCAUGAUAUGCGUACAAGGUGCCCGUCAGCUGAUCCGCGCCCUGGCCAAUGUGGUGGCCGAUCACAGUAUGCUAUCCGGUUGGACGGAUAAACUCUCAAAGUUUGAAGUGUGCCACGAUGCUGGAAUAACAGCAGCAUCAGUGCACGAAGAGAUAGUACGUCAUAGCCGGCGUCGUAAGCAUACCGCAUACUCCAGCAACGGUACCAACGGUGGCCAUGAAGCUACGGCAGCGGCAACAGCAUCCUCACCGCCGUCCUUCAUUACAAUAGGUCUCGUCGGCCAUCCCAACGUGGGUAAGUCCUCUAUUCUCAAUAGCCUGAUUGGCAAGAAAGUUGUAAGUGCGUCACGCACACCCGGCCACACGAAGCACUUUCAGACGCACUUCCUCACACCGCACAUCCGCCUGUGCGACUCACCUGGCCUAGUCUUUCCAUCACGUGUUGAAAAACAGCUACAGAUCCUGUCCGGAAUGUACCCUAUUUCCCAAGUGCGUGAGCCAUAUACAUCCGUCGGCUAUCUGGCGGCGCGCCUGGGAUGUAAUUUGCUGUACCGACUGGGACUGGCCAAGAAAACAAGUGAAACCUGCCCGACUGUUCCUCCACAAUCCGAUGCAUGCAUCGACAGUUCAACAAACCCGCCGUGCAACGGCCACGCUAGUUCAAGCUCACUUCGUUGCGACGGCCACACCUGGUCCGCGUGGGACGUCUGCGAGAAGUGGGCAGAGGAAAGGGGUUUCCGUACCGCAAAGGGCGCCCGUCCCGAUACCUACCGUGCCGCGAAUCAUAUUCUGCGCCUGGCGACAGACGGCAGAAUAGCACUGUUCGUACGACCGCCGAAAUACACUGAAGACUUAGCGAAAUGGAUGUGCCAUCCCGAACUAAAGAGCGUUGUUGCAGUCCAACUGGAGGGCUUGGACCAUGAUGAGUUGAGCCUUGACCUGUUGGCACAGCUUAGUGCUAGCAGCAACUCCAGUGCUGCCGCAUCGUCAGCAGAUGAUAGUUCCUGUCGUGGGGUAGCGUCACGUGCGGCCGCAGCCGCUCCAGCCACCCGCAAUCCGUUUGCCGGAUUGGCCGUGGCGGAUAGUGAAUAACUGAGAAGUGACACGGACUGUGUUUGUUUGAGGUGCUGUCGCUCCAAGCUACAUCUCACUAUGUUACAUUUCACCCUGUGGCUGAAUCACCCCAAUGUUUUAUCUUAUCUGCCCCCCCCCCCCCCUCACACACACUCUCUCUCUCUCUCUCUCUCUCUCUCUCUUAUCAAGUUAGUUACUCACUAUUGCGUUUGUGUGACUCUGACUCCGAGACUUGUGGUCGGAUGAGCCUCACACACCACACACGCACCCCAUCCGCAAUAGUGCCCACUGUUCCCCCCCCCCCCCACCCCGCAGCCCCUUGGCUCCUGUCGAUGCCAAAGUUGAGAGCUAGACAACAUCACCGGUGUUCUUGAUUGCAAUGUGCACUGUUUUAACGUUUUUAAUCAAUCAUCAGUUUCAGGUUUUUUUAAACCUUUUUAUACUUCUCAUUAUGCCUCUACUCCCUGCUGGCAGUACUGCUCUCUACCUGGCUUACUGUUGCUGCAUGCCCCGCUCUGACCAGCGAUCAUAAUAAUUAUUAUUAUGCCAACUUGACCUGAGUAUUUAUCUGCUUGACCUGAUUAUUAAUCUGCUUUUUUAACAUCUUUUUUAACUUUCAGGCAUAAAAAGCAUGUUGCAGAGGGCUCAUUGUUCAUAAAGUUUUUUUAUUGAACGGUGCAUAUUUACUGGUGAUACAUGUACUUCUAAGUACUUUUCUUUCA